AUGUUCUGUCACGCAGCUUGGACUGUCAGGCUAGCCAUGCAACUCGUUCUGGCCGCCACCGCGCCUGCAGCGCCUGUCGUCGAGACGGGAUGGGGCAGCAAUUCAAUCAUUACAACCGAAUUCGAAGAGUUUGUGAGAGCCCAGAUGAGUAGUGGGCAUGUGCCGGGCAUGGCCAUCUCGAUUAUAGAUGGCAACAAUACAUGGGCCAAAGGCUACGGCUACUCGUCAGAAGAUCACCGUCCUGUAGUCCCGUCUACUCUAUUCUUCUGCGGGAGCAUGACAAAGUCGAAUACAGCCGCUGCGCUGUCCAUCAUCGUCGACGACACGGCCAACUCUUCCUCUCCUGUGACGUGGGACACGCCAGUUUCCGAGCUCCUGCCCGAGUUCGUACUCUCCGACCAAUGGGCCACGGACCACAUCACCGUCACCGACGCCCUCUGCCACCGGACCGGGUACCCCCGCCACGACCUGUCCGGUCCCUAUCACAACGACACCGCCGACAUGAUCCGUCGCUUUCGCGACCUGCCCAUGUCCGCCGAGCCGCGCGCCCGGUGGCAGUACAACAACAUGAUGUACGGCACCCUCGGCCAUCUCGUCGAGCGGCUCAGCAACACGACACUCGCCUGCUUCUUGCGCGACAGGCUGUGGCGGCCAAUGGGCAUGGUCCACACCUACCUGCACCCGGGCGAGGCGCGCGCCCACAGCGAGCACCUCGCCACGUCCUUUUACUGGGACAAUGAUACGCAGACACUGUACCCCAUGCCCCAGCACGACGAGUCCAGUCUCGCCGGCGCAGGCAUGGCCAUCUCGUCGGUGGAGGACUGGGCGAGAUUUCUCCGGCACAUGCUGGACGAGUCGGGUCCCGUGUCGAAAGCGGGACAUGGAAUGGUGAAAAAGUCGCACAUGGUCGUGGGUGAGGGCGUGGAUGUUUUGGACGCGGCCUUUACCGGGCCGGUCAACUACGCCCUCGGCUGGAACGUUGGUGUCUUUGAGAAUGAGCCUGUAUGGUAUCACUCUGGCUAUGUCAACCAGAUGGUCUCCUUUAUGCUCUUUGUGCCAACUCGCCAGUUUGCAUAUGUUGCCAUGAUGAAUACCAAUUCAUUAGCUGCGCUAGAUGCAGUUACGGCCAGAGUUCUCAGCGACUACUUCAAGGUGGAACCGAGCAGACGUUUUGACCCUCAACCUGUUGAGAAGCAUCUCGAAACAUGCCCGCAAGUCUACUAUCCGAACCUCGUCAGCGCGCCACAAGACGCUGGCGCUCCCAUGGAAAACUUCCUAGGCACGUACCAUAACAACGGCUACGGCACCAUUUCUGUCUCCCGCGACUGUGCCUGGCAUGGGCCAUACAAUGCACCGACCUCGUUCAGCAUGCUGGACGGAGGGUGUCUGUUGCGCCUGCAAAAGGGAAACAGCUUCGGCAAUCCGCUAUCAUAUCGCUUGCAGCACGUGUCUGGUGAGUACUGGAUUGCAUGGCUCUACAUGGACGACUACCCAAUGGUCAAGCGUCCGAUGGCAUGCUACAGGGCGCAGUUUGAAGCAGACAGCCGAGGGAUCCCCGUCAGAUUCGGCAUCGACAUGAGAGACGAGGCGGCCGAUACCCCGUUGUAUUAUUUAGCUGCCUUGGCUCAGGAUCUUGACGCAAACAAGUCUAUGUUGGCGAAACUGUCAUCCAUCUCUUUAAAGUCAGUUAGAACAGCGGAAGCCUGCUCAAGCAGCACUGCAUUCUGGACCACGAACAUGCGCUUUAAAGACACAUUCGUCUCUUUCGCUACAUUUCGUACAUUUUCCCCCAGUUGUGAUGCUUCCUGGACGAGCCCUCGCAGCUGGUCGACGAGCAUCGCAAUCGGCAUGCUCGCCAUCCUGUCCUGCGACACCACAAAACAGCCCAACUGCAUGUGCGGCAGCAGAAACUGCGGCCGCUCUGCCGGUGGUACGGCACUGGCCAUUUCCAGACACAACUUGCCAUGCUUUGCAAUGCCGCCAAGGAUACCGAGCAGCCGUGUGGCAUGCAGUCAGCAGGGUGAGAGCGGUGUGGUCGAAGUGGGUGUCUGCCUCGCCUGCGCUGGCGGCGCCGUCCUUCACCGCACCAUUUGUCAUGGCCGUCAAGUACGCCUUUUGAAGCUGUUGUGCGGCGGAGAGCACUUGGUCCAGGACGGAGCCGAUAAAUGUCGCAAUGGUGAUGCCGUCAUGGGCACUGUGCAGAUCCCGCGACGGCAUCCGCUAUGCGAGCCGUUUGACGCCCAGGACGGCGUCGCCGGUAGAGAAAUGGGGGAGUCUAUUCGGACGUGCUCUGGGGCUGAAUAUGCAGUCGACUUCGGCAUUUCACAGCCUAUGCAGCAACGGCUCUCCGGCUAUCGCGUGCAUCGGAGCUUUUUGCCGUGGCACCAGUCACGAGCCUGUCGUACGUCGGAGGGAGGUGCCAUUACACCGCCUUCUGGGCCAACUCGAUCCGCCCGCCGGUGUUGA